AUGCAGAAAUAUACUUCUCACUAUUCACAGAUGAGUUUUGAUGGGUUUUUUUUUGCUCGCUUGGAUUUUGCUGACAAAGACAAGCGACUGAAAAACAAAAACAUGGAAGAAGUUUGGCAUGGAAGUUCAUCACUUGGCGCUGAUGCUGAUCUAUUUUAUGGUGCACUAUUUCACCAUUAUGAUGCACCUGAAGGAUUUUGUUUUGAUAUGUCAUGUAAUGAUCAACCAAUUCAGGAUGAUCCUAAUUUGUUUGAUUACAAUGUGGAUCAGAAAGUCAACGAUUUCCUUAAGUUUGUUCGUGGACAGGCCAAGUCAUUCAGGACUAAUCAUACCAUAUUAACAAUGGGAUCUGACUUCCAGUAUGAAAAUGCUAACUUGUGGUACAAAAAUCUGGACAAAUUAAUUAAAUAUGUAAACGCUAAGGAGAAUGAAACCAAAGUGCAUGUGUUGUAUUCUACACCAUCAUGCUAUACCUACAAUGUAAAUAAAGCUGGUAUUAAGUGGUCUACUAAAAGUGAUGACUUCUUUCCCUAUGCUAACAGUCCCCAUAGUUUUUGGAGUGGUUAUUUCACAAGCAGACCUGCAUUGAAAAGAUAUGUCAGACAAUCCAAUAACUGGUUGCAG